UCUCGCUCUCUACAGAGGGAGAGUUUGGGUGGAGGAGAAUCGGCGAUGAAGAUGAAAUUCAUGUCAAGUCUUCUGUGAAUGUGAGACUCACCUCUCGGUGGGGCUAAUAGAGCAGGUGAUCAUGGGAGAGGAGGGGGACACCUACCCGCCGGAGAUGAGACACUUUUUUCAGCCGUGGCCUCUCCCCAGGCUCCGCUCUCACAGUGACACCUCCGGAUUUCGCUCCAGAGUGUUGCUCAGGCUCCGGGGAGCCCGCUCAGUUGAUGGGUUGGAGAAAUCAUCAUCAUUGGCCAGCUGUGAUGUGGUGGUGGACAGCGCCACCAAUACCCAGAAUCCCCCUGCGUCGCGGCAGCAGCGAGGAAAACUGUCAUCAUUAGGAAAACUGUUCAAACCCUGGAAGUGGAGGAAGAAGAAAACCAGUGACAAGUUCCAGGAUCUUUCCAAAGUUCUAGAGAGAAAAAUCUCCACCAGACAAACAAGAGAGGAGCUCAUCAAAAAAGGAGUUCUCAUCCCUGACCAAGAUGAAUCAAUCAACAGUCAAAAUCUCAACGGCCAUGCCACAUCCAGUGUGACAUCAGAGGAGGUCAAAGUUGACAUAGAGUCUCCAGAAACAGUGCUGCAGGAACAGGCUACUGGUCCCGUUCGUACCGAGGACAAACCAGCGAGGUGUGACACUAAACCCGUCGCUCGGGCACACCAGGCACGGCCUCAAGAUAUUCAAGCUAAAAAAUUGCAAAGUGCCACUCUGCCUGCCUCCUCCUCCAAAUCUGCAGGUGGCACCGCGGCCACAAACAGGCACAAAGAAGUUGCCACAGGGACUAAAAAGACAACUAAGACAACAGUCAAGACAGGCUCAUCCACUCAGGCUAAAGCUAACCCACGGGGCUCUAACAACACUAGUCGUGUCAUUGCCAAAUCCUCCCAUCCAAAAAAGACAGGAGGCACAGCGAAAACAACCCCUGCCUCCACCUCCAACCCCCGCUCUCGUACAUCGAAGGAUGCAGGUGGUCCAGCACAGACUGACAGGACAAAUGCACGGACCAACCGCAAAUCAUGCACGCCCAACUCUUCCUCUUUACCUCACAAGGCCACCACCGUAGAGACUCCUAACCAGUCUGGGACGUUAAAGCCAUCGCCCAUUUCCUCAGACACCAAGGCGGCCUUAUCUAAAGCCUCAGGCAAAGAGACUGCUCUGUCUGCUCAGUCUGCUCUGGAUGCCUCUGCUGUGGGUAAGGAGACCCACAAAGGACUGACUCCUGAAGCCACAGCAGUCCAUUCUACCCAUGUUAACCCUGUGACAGAAGACACUUCCUUCACAGAGGGAGAGACGGAUAACAGCUCACAGGAUGAGAACGAAAGAAAUGAAGAGGGAGGAGAGGACGAAAAGAAGAGUGGAGAAAUAGAGGCUGCUGUGAAGAACAGUCCCAGGUCAGCAGAGGGCCAGUCUGAAAAGACACAGGGUCUGAGUGUGAAAACAGAUCAUGCCUUAGUGACGGUGAUCCCUGAUAGGCCAAGAGACAGCCAGACUAGUGACUCUGACUCUGACGGCCCAAUCCUGUAUCGGGACGAGGAGGAAGACGACGAGGAAGACGAGUACACGAAUAGUUCUCUGGCCAUCAAGAUCCGGCGGAGAGACACUCUAAACAUCAAGCUCGGGAACCGACCCAGCAAGAGAGAGCUGGAGGAGAAAAACAUUCUGCCAAGGAGCUCGGAGACAGAGAGACACGAGCUACGCCAGCAGAUAGGCUCCAAACUCGUCAGACGCCUGAGCCAAAGACCCUCCACAGAGGAGCUGGAGCAGAGAAACAUCCUUAGGCAGAAAAAUGAAGCAGAGGAGCAAGAAGCCAAGCAAGAGAUUAAAAGGAGACUCUCCAGAAAGUUGAGUGUGAGGCCCACAGUUGCAGAGCUCAUUGCUCGAAGGAUCCUGCGUUUCAACGAGUACGUGGAAGUAACGGAUGCCAAGGAUUAUGACCGGCGGGCAGACAAACCCUGGACACGGCUCACUCCUGCUGACAAGGCUGCUAUUCGUAAGGAGCUGAACGAGUUCAAGAGCCGAGAGAUGGAGGUUCAUGAAGACAGCAAACAGUUCACCAGAUUCCAUCGACCUUGAGGGCGCUUCACUGCCACGAAACCCUCCGGACCACAUUUCCCAGCAGCCCUCUGGCCUUCUGGACCCUCACUACACCGCUCACAUCAACUCAUGAUGUAUCUUUCUCUAUAAUGAUAGUUAAAGGUUUGUCUUAAGGCGCUGGCCCUCCACAGACUCUGGAACAAAAACAAAUAUAAACACAUAUCUAUAGUCACAACAGUAUGUAGAACUAUUUAUUGACAGAUGUGGAGAGCAUACUGGUAUAUGAAGUGUUUCUUUUCCCUUUCUUUGGUUCACUUCAGGCCUUGUAAUAAAAUGUUUCAUCGUGGGGGGAAUAGCCUUGUAGUAAUGAAUGUGACGCAAGUGUUUCUGUACAGGUUGUGUACAUGCCACGGUAUUCUUUGUCAUAAACUGCCAAAUAACCAUAUAUGGGCAUCCUCUUAGAGCGGAAGAUGGGAGUGAUUGGUUGGUUGGUUGUGUGCCGUUGUCAGUGCCUGUGUCAUAGAUGAGAGGUUUGUUCUGCUUUGAUGUGCCUCUCGGGGCUUGAAUCUGAAAUGCUGCAGUUAAUUGUAAGACAUAUUUGAAGUAUAUUGCCACUAGAGGGCAUUAUAUCAUAAGAGUUGUAGCCUGUAAGGAUGAAGAUGUGUGUGUGUGUGUGUGUGGAUGAAGUGUUGAUAUUUUAAACUGCUGAAGCCGAGGGAGCAGUGGGUACCUGAGGCUUUAAUAAUGAAGUGCAAUGGAAAUCGCGCCGGUUUAUAGCCCCGAUCUAAUCACUUGGCACUCCUGAUGAUACACAAUAAUCAUGUGUCUUCAUAUAUCUUGCGGCGCUUAGAUUCAAGCUUAGAUCUCAGUAUUUCAUUUUAAUGCUUUUGGCUGUAAGUCCAAGUGAAUCGGUGCAAAAGAAAGGAGUUUCACCCCUGAAUGUACCAUGUAAAAGGAGAUCAUUAACGUAGAGCUGCAACCAACGAUUAAUUUCAUAGUCGGUGAAUCUGUCCAUUAUGUUUUCUAUUAAUCGAGUCUUUGUUUGGUUCAUAAAAUGUUGAUAAAUGUGUCCAAUUUUUGAAGUGAUGACCAAAAUCUUUCAAUUUCAAUGAUUUAUUUGUCAAAUGGAGCAAUGGAACCAGAAAAUAUUCACAUUUAUUGUUUUAAUUACUAAAAAAAACAACCUCAAACCAAAUAAUCAAGGAUCAAAAUAGUUGACGAUUAAGUUAGUAAUCGAUUCAUCGUUGCAGCCCUACAUUAAUGCAAAGAUGGAGAACCUAAACCUAUAAAUUUGACUGUCAGAAACAUAAAAAGCUGGUAGAGGAAAAAGAUGAAACACGGGUGUUUAUUGUUGCCAAGCAUUUUCAUGCGAAAUUCAAACGACCACAUUAGUAAUUCUUCCGUCCCUGGACUAGACGUGAUUCUUUGACAGGUCAUUGACAGGUUGAGCGUGCUGACUUGUUUCCAAAUAAUAGACCUCCUGCCUCCACGACUCGUCGUUCUUACAAAGACUAACUGAAAAGGACAAUUACUCUGUCUGUGUUUGAUUGUGUGGAGGUUGCAACAUGAAAAUGAUGUACAGUGAUGGAAAAAAACAACAAACAGUAUUCAUCUAUGUCCGUGUCUAUGUUGUUAUAUAUUGAUUUUUGUACAGAAUGUAUAUGGAGCAUGUGCAUACAUCGAAAUGAAAUUUACUAUCAAUAUUAUAAUACAGUGAUGUGAAAGUUUGAAGCUCUGAUUUUAGUUUGGGUUUGCCUCACCUGCCUCUUCCUGUUUUCAAACUAUACAAGAUAACAUUCUGGAGGCAGUGACCAAUCUGAUUAUUCAUUGUCGUUAAUGCAGCUACGUCACUGGUGGUGACUCGGUUUAGAAGAGACUUGUAAUCCACUUGUUACCCAAACUAGAUAACGGGAUACAACAGUGAUACAGACCAGAUUAUAAACGCUCAAACAUGCUCACGUUUCAAAACAGUGGUCUGUAUAAUCCAGGUGCGUUUUGUGAGUCCAUGUGAAAUUAGCUUUAAUAUUAAAUGUUAAACACACAUGUACAGUGUGUGUCGUACUUGUAAAAAGAUACGAAGACAGUUGAAGUGCAUUAAUUGUACUUCAUCACAGCCACCUCACACCAUGUUAUCAAUCUAAUUCAUAACAGAGAUCCUAAGUAUUUAUUAAUGAAGUAAAAAUGUCCUUAGAUGUGAUUAUGGCUACAUUUUAAGUAUCGAUGUACCGCUUAAUACUAAUGUGAAAUCAUGGAAUUUAAAUGAAGUGGCACCCACCAAGAACACGUUAGAAAUCCAAUUUGUGUAAAGGAUUCAAACAUAUAAAUAUUUAUUUAUAAUACGAGUACUUAUUCCCACCUAAAAUAUUCAGUGUGUCAUUAAAGUACCAAACGUUCAGUCAUUUUAGAGUCAUUUUAGAACACUUUGAAACUUCUGUGGCGUCUACUGUAUUUUUUAUUUGCAGCUGCGGAGGCUUUCGCAAGUUCACGGAAAUGUUUACAUUUGAAAAUGCCUCAUGCAUUUUUUAUUAUCCUCCCCAAUCAUCAGUAAGGUAGCAGGAGCAUUUUCUUUUCUUUUCUUUUCUUUUCCCCCCCACAUAAGGGCAGCGCGAUGCUCAAAGCAGCAAAGACCUGGGACUGGAUAUUUCACAUGGACUCCAAAUACCUUUACUGUGUAGGAUGAUGUCAUGCUGUAUACCCCCCCCCCAAAAAAAAUGCUACUGUUACAUGUAAACUGUCAAACAUGUAUAUUGUUUUUGUAUAUAAAGAAUCAUGAAAAGCA